UUACUUGCCAAAGUAAUGGAAGAAUAUGAACCAGAAGAAUACAAAGAAGAUAGACCAGAAGACGAUAAUGAUUCUGAAGACGAAGACUUUGAAGAAAGAGAAUUUGAGUAUUUCGUAGGAGUUAGAAGGAAAGGUAACCCGUGGAGAAACCCAGAAGGUAGAGAACAGAUCAGGAAAGACUACCUUAUAUACCACUGCGGCAUCAGUGAAGAGGACUAUAACAUGAACUACAAGAAAACAAUCCCAAAAGCAACAUGCGCAGAACAACCGAAGCUAAAACAGGUCCCUAUAAAAAUCCACAAGAAAACAAGAAAAGUAGACAAAGAAGAAUCAUGGUGCGAAAAGACAAGACUAUUCAAACUGUUCGCGAAUAAAAGAGAGAGCGAAUCUUCUGACAGCUACAGCGAGUACUCAGAUGACGUCAGAACUGCGAAUGACGACGUGAAUGACUCCAGUGAUCAGUACAAUAUCUCCGAUGAGCUAGACAUGUUGACAAUUGAGGGAGUCCGGAUAAAGGAGGUCUCGGAGGGCAGACCCUGCGACAACUGCCCUGAGUUGUGCUCAGGGUUCACUCCGCAUUCUUGGAGGAAGACGUGCAAGUCUUGCGGCUGCGACCGGCUGUCGCACUCGGUGUACCAUGAGGAGCUGGGGUCCGUCCGGGAGCGGCUCGGCCUCCGCGACACGCGUCCGCGUCCCCCUCACGACAUACCCGGCCUCACCGCUAAACAGACGGAGCUCUUCUUCUCGGCGAUAGCGGAGCGCACGCCCACCGGCGUAGGUGGCGCCACCGGCGCGACAGCUUGGCGCGCCUGGAGGACUAGAGCGCUCGCCUACCAACUCCCCAAGCAAGACCUCUCACUAGCGCACUGUCGGCACAUAGAUGAAGAACACAAAAAACAAUUCGAGGACUUUGUUGCUGCUCGUAACGAAAUUGCACUUGACAUUGGUGUUGCUAGUCAACAUCACGGUGCUUCAGUAGAAUGCAUGGGUUGCAACAAGCCGGUACGAAGUGGUAGCAUCACGAUUCAAGCUCCUAGAAUAGCUGAAGAAGCAUUUUACCACCCAGCAUGUUUUACAUGCUCGGAGUGCGACGAGCUGCUCGUCGAACUAGCGUACUGCUGCCUCGACGGACGGUUGUACUGCGUCCGACAUUACGCCGAGCGGUUGAAGCCACGAUGCCACGCUUGUGAUGAGCUUAUUUUCAGUGGCGAGUACACUAAGGCGAUGAACAAGGACUGGCACAGCGGCCACUUCUGCUGCUGGCAGUGCGACGAGUCGCUCACCGGCCAGCGGUACGUGCUCAGGGAUGAGCACCCCUACUGCAUCAAGUGCUACGAGAGCGUCUUCGCCAACGGCUGCGAGGAAUGCAACAAGAUCAUCGGCAUCGACUCUAAGGACCUGUCGUACAAAGACAAGCACUGGCACGAGGCUUGCUUCCUGUGCGCCAAGUGCCGCGUCUCGCUCGUGGACAAGCAGUUCGGCUCCAAGCUCGACAAGAUCUACUGCGGCAACUGCUACGAUGCGCAGUUCGCCAGCCGCUGCGACGGCUGUGGCGAGGUCUUCCGCGCUGGCACCAAGAAGAUGGAGUACAAGACUCGGCAGUGGCACGAGAAGUGCUUCUGCUGCGUGGUCUGCAAGAACCCCAUCGGCACCAAGAGCUUCAUCCCUCGCGAGCAGGAGAUCUACUGCGCUGGAUGCUAUGAGGACAAGUUCGCUACCCGCUGCGUUAAGUGCAACAAGAUCAUCACGCAGGGCGGCGUAACCUACAAGAACGAGCCGUGGCACCGCGAGUGCUUCACGUGCACCAACUGCAACACCUCGCUGGCGGGGCAGCGGUUCACGUCGCGCGAUGAGAAGCCAUACUGCGCCGACUGCUUCGGAGAGCUGUUCGCUAAGCGCUGCACUUCUUGUACCAAGCCUAUCACUGGUAUUGGCGGCACCCGCUUCAUCUCGUUCGAGGACCGCCACUGGCACAACGACUGCUUCAUCUGCGCGCAGUGCAAGACCUCGCUGGUCGGCAAGGGAUUCAUCACAGACGGACAAGACAUCAUUUGUCCCGAGUGUGCCAAGCAGAAACUCAUGUAAAUACAAACCAUACAAACCCUGCUUUAACGCUUACCUUCAGACCUGUUUCAUUAAAUACUGAUGACUUUCUGACGGUCGAAACUUUUCCAAGAGUACUAAGUACUGCUGUCAGGCACCAAUCGUACAUGCUGAUGUGAUAGAAGCUCAGUAAGUGGUGAAACAGUUUCGUCUCUUGGCGUCGCAAGUUGCAAAAUGUUUACCAAAGACUGCGUGGCACAUAACCGUAUGCGCGUAUGUUUUGUGAAUUUGCAUUAGACAUAUCCGUAUACGCUUAUGGUUUAUGCUCCCUUUGCGUGGAUUGCAACUUGCUGGUUUAAUUAAUAUCUAUUCUUCUGCACAAAUUGUCUACUCGGAACUUUAGUCGUAAUGUUUAAAGGAAAUUAUGUUUGACUGAAAGUUCUGAUGGGAUUACUUCUUGCUUCGUAGAGGAACAAAGUGUAUGUUUUGUUUCUGUGUGAAGUGAGGUGUGCACAGCACGAUUGACAACUUUUCUCUAACAUGAAAAGCAAACGUGACUGACCAUUUUUUUGUGCUUGUGCAGUGACAAUACUGUCCUGCCGUUAGUGACUAAAGCCAGAGAGUGGUGCGCGUUGUAGCAGGGACGCCAGCGGAAUGACAUAACUAUAUCAAGGUCACCUUAGUUACUUGUUACUUAGAUGCGUUGUUGACGAUAUUUUUUAUACAAAAAACGUUUUAAAAAUCACAAAAAAAUAAGUGGAUGCACAAAACAUGUAAAGUAUUUAAAUUCGCUUUUUUUCUAUUCAAUUUAAGGUGUUUAUAUAUUUUGACUAUUUUAGUUAGAGAUUUCAUCCACUACCCUCUAUUUAUUAAAUAUUUUUGUAUCUAUGUAGGUAUAUUUAUACGCUGAUUGCCAUAUUGUUUCGCUUUGGCUGUUGUAUUAGUCCUUUAGAUUACGUGAAAUUACCUAGUGCGAUUCACACGAUGCCUUAGUAACAUAUCUAAGUCAAUUUCAAGGGUAUACUUUUGUGUUGUACUAUGUAUUUGAGUAUAUUGAUUUGACAUCGUAACAACUUCUGCAAACCUACUUGUUACUUCCCAAGAUUGUAUCAUUAAGUGCUUGUCAUUACCUAAAAUCGUAACAUAGGUGUAAGAUAUGUAUUGACAAAGUAAUGUACGUUAAAUUUAAGUAUUUAUUUGUACGGGAGUACGCAUUAUGUGGGAGGCCGGCGGUGUUGCCAUGUCACUUAACUAUUUACUAAAUACUUGUCAGUAACUAGUGUAACAACUCAUUAAUAAUAAAUAAAUAAAUAUUUAUAAGUGUAUUUUGCUAAAAUUUACCGUGACAAGUGUGUAGUAAACGUGAAAUAUAUUGAGAUUGUAGAUCUAGUGUUGCCAUACGCCGCCGGCUGGUUGCUUCAUAACCUAAUAUACAUAUACGUUAAGUGACAAAAGUCAUCUAGUUUUUACUAAUAAAAGUUAUUAAUAAUAAAAAUAUUUUUGUUCUCGAAUAAGAAUCAUCGUGUUACAAUAAUGUAAUUGAAUUUUAUCGAUAUUUUUACAUGAAUAUAUUAAUGUUAGCGUAGAGAUGUAAGGGUAACACCAGAGUAACAUCGCCGAGGCGAGCGACCACGAGAAAGAUUCGGGAUCACUUUAUAAGGGUACUGUUAAGGGAUAAAUUAUUCGAAUGUUGAAUAUUAAUUUAUAAUAAUGUGUAAACAUUUAAACUGCUUAGCUGUGUGAUCUGAAUUAUUUAAAUCUUUAUAUCUGUCUACCCAUAUAUUGUAUAAACUAUGAAACUGAAAUAAAUUAUUAAAACAAA